CGUUUGUUUUCUGCAAGGCAGAAUAAUGCUCUACACGGGUCGUUCAACUGUUGGUUGAAGAAAUGGUAGUUUUCCACCCCAUCAAUACUACCCAAAUGUGCUCAGCCUCGAGCAACUCGCUCGAAACACUUGCUAUAGGACGGAAAUCACGUUUAAUGCGGGGCUUGUCUGUCAGAUUAUGCAGCUUCCCGAGAAGCCUGCCUGUUGUUGAUUCGCGACGAAAUUGCCAGCCUCACAUGCGACCCUUCAGCUGCUUUUAUUGGACAAACGCAGAUUGGAGGCCUACAAAGAUAUUCUGGGUAUCGAUAUUUCCGUUUUAAAAUUUAAAAUUACAAUGCUGCACCUUUCAGAGAAAAUUCCUGUAUAUCUCAGUGAGAAAUCUCGUUGUGUUCCCACCUUAUAUUAUUGCAUACUUGUUGUAAAAGAUCAUUCUCGAAUUUUACUGCAAACCAGCUCCUGAAUUACUCAUUAUGGUGGACUGGCCAAGCGGAAACUCGCGGAGGGGUAAUAGCAGGGGAAAUAGUGGCAGAGGAAGUAGCAGCAGAGGAGGUAGCAGCAGAGGAAACAAUCGGGGAGGUAGAGGCAGAGGUAGAGGGAACUCAGUGAGAGGCAAUGACGUUUCCAAUAUUUGCUUCGAUUACCAAAGAACAGGAGAGUGUCGCCGUGCGCAAUGUUCCUUCUCGCACGGAGAACCCUCAUCUCCCAAUAAUCAGCAACCGCGUCAAAAGCGAGAAGAAAGUGCAAUCCAAGAACACGCCAGAGUCAAUUACAACGAAUGGAAGAGGAUCAUUAAACGCGAGCCUGUUGUCAACGAUAUCCACACGAUGAAAUUGUUGUGGACGGACGCCCUAGGGAUUUUGAAUGAUGAUGAUCGAGAGUGGAAACAAAUGCUACCGAGAGAUCUUGAUAACGAUGAGCUUCAUGGAGCCAAACAUAUUCUUGCGCUCCUGCAAAUGAAAUCAGGCGCAGGUGGGGCGAGAACGUUCAUCGAUCUAGCUCAGCCGUUCCUAGAAGUGAUGGUUCACCAAGCAAUCCUAGACUGCUUGUCUAUCGAUACUUUUGUUGGACGACUAUACAAUCUCAUCAGUGGCAGUAACGGGUCUCGAGCAAUACAGUUUUUCCAAUCCUUACUUUCCAACUUACUAGAGGCGCAUGACUUCUUUGCCAGUACAUCGACGCAAAAUAUCGAGCGAGUAUUAGUUGCGAUGGUCACUUGCCUCCGUGAGCUUCUUCGGCGAGAGCAACGUGCAUUAUUCAACGACGGCGUCGUAGAAACUGUCAAUUCGGUUGAAAACUGCGUCGAAGUCAUUGGCAUUGAUAAAAAAUCGGUAACUGCUACUGUUAUUGGAACUCGAAUGCAAGAAAUACGUGGAAUGAUCGCCCGAGCCAGAGGACUACUGGAUGAAAACGAAGGGACACCCAUAAAUGGCGUUUCGACGUCCGUGGUGGUGUCAACCUAUCCACGCGAUAUCAUUAUGCCGUCAAAUAGGCACGACAAUGAUAAGUUGGAUAUUACUGAAAUAGAGAUAGUGCCAACUGAGGACGAGAUCCGUAGCGAUAGCGCUGAAUUUCUCCCUUCGACAGACCCCGAUCAGCCACAUUACAUUUUAGACCAAGCUGCGAGACUACUAGAUACCCAUUUCCGUCUCCUCAGACACGAUGUGUUUGGUGAAUUAAAGGCUGCUCUAGGAAGUUUCAUUGUGGCGGUCGAGGAUGAUCCUUCAAUUCUGGGACGUCACAAGCCCGACCUGGGUAACGUGCGAGCCAAUCUUUACCACAAUGCUUGGGUCCAAUAUAUUACCUUCGAUGAUAGAAGAGAUUUGCAAGCCGAAAUAUCUUUUACUCCGCCAGCAGGGCUGAGAAGGAAGUCUGUAAAGGAUAGAACCAAGUGGUGGGAUGAGUCCAAAAGACUUGACGAAGGAAUUCUGUUGUGCAUGUUAUCUUACAGCCACUCAAAGUGUACUCCUCUAUUUCUGUUUGUCACGGAAAAACGGACAGAUCCCAAGAGCAAGUAUAAUCUUGUCUCUCACGAUCACCAAGCAACGAUUAUUGCCAAGCUCGCCACGCAGAGGCAAAAGGAUCUGGAUACUUUAAUACGAAUGAGUACGGAAAAGACCGAGGCUGUUCUUAUUGAAAUACCAGGGGUCCUUCUCGCAACUGUUUCUCCAAUUCUUGAGAACCUUCAAAACAUGCAUAAACUAGGUCGCCUACCUUUCCGCCAAUGGAUAUUACCAGAUCGCACUGGGAAUUCCCGAUCAAUCCUUGAUGUUCCACCGCCCCUGUAUGCUCGCAAACCUGGUUUCGCAUUUUCACUUAGCCCUAUUUUGAAGGAUGGGUCAUCGGGAGACCUACGAAUUGACCCUUCGACGAGCUCUGUAAAUGAUACCAAUCUCAUCGACAAGAUUGAGCUGCUGACUGAACUCGACCGCGGACAGUGUGAAGCUUUGCUAGCCGCACUAGUUCGCGAAUUUUGCCAAAUUCAAGGUCCACCAGGCACAGGAAAAUCUUUCCUUGGUGUGAAACUGGUCAAAGUUUUAUUACAUUGUAUGAAGAAACAACCUGGGCCUAUCAUUAUUGUGUUAGUAGCAUAUCCCUCCCCAGCCCCUUUCCUCAAUUCAGCUCAGGUGGAACUGUUAUUUCCUAUCUUUACUUUAAACAUCCACCUCUUCAUGCCUUAUAUCUGAAAAUUUAAAUCUCAUAUUCAUGCUAACCCAUAUCGCUCUAAAGAUGCUACACAAACCAUGCCUUAGAUCAAUUCUUGGAGCACUUAUUGGAAUCUGGUAUCGAGAAACUUAUCCGGCUAGGGGGUCAGAGCAAGUCCUCAAUCCUCGAAGGUAAAAAUCUUCGUGUUGUCUCCAAGGGAGAGAGCCAAACCAAGUCCGAACGUUAUCUUCUUGCAAAGGCCUACGAAAGUUUAGAGAGCAAGGCGAAAUUUAUAAAUUCAUCGUUAGCCAAGUUGUCGAGGACCAAAGGCCAUCCGGAUUGGAAAUCGAUGGAAGGAUAUAUUGCUAGGCAUUAUCCCCAUAUUCAUAGGCAGUUCAAUCGCUUUGACGACGAAGGUUUUGAGCAGGUAAGUUGAUUUUCCUUUCGUUUUACUGAUUUCUAUUCGUACACAUAGCCAAGCUUUCCCUUGUCCAAUGCUUGACAUGUUUAACUACAAGGUGCUCCCAGGCCAGAGACCAUGCUAAUUCUGAAAUUUAGGUUGGCGGUGAACCUUUCGACUUGUGGUUGAAGAAGAAAGGAAAGCAAACCACAGAUUCUCAGGCUACAUACACCGUCGACCAGCUAUUAGCUACAGCGUCUCUCAACAUUCAUGCACUCAGUAUUGCGAGCCGAUUUCGAUUGGUAGAUCACUGGAAAACCGCUAUACGCGAGACCAUUGUGGAUGAUCUCCAUGAAGCAGUGAGAAGCUCCGAACUCCUGCGUGGGAAUAUUCAUGACAUCCACGAUGAUGUCGAUCGACGGGUUUUACAAACUGCUCAGAUAAUUGGAGUCACAACUACUGGCCUAGCUAGGAAAAUUUCUACUUUACGACAUGUUAAUUCCAAGGUUAUAAUCUGCGAAGAAGCUGGAGAAGUUCUCGAAGCACAUCUGCUAUCAACACUUUUACGUAUGCCAUCUCAUCUCACAUUUUUCCUGCCCAUAUCAAUCACAAGUGUGUCUAAGCAUCAAUUUUAUUUAUAAUGAUCGGUCUGAUUCAAUACUGACAUACUCAAAAGCAUCUGUGGAACAUGUAGUGUCGAUUGGUGACCACGAACAGCUCCGACCCCAGAUCAACAACUUCAAGGAUCUAUCCCUUGAAAGCAGAGCCGGAACCCUUUACCAGCUUGAUCGAAGUCAAUUUGAGAGGCUCUCUGUGGGCCAAAACGGUCGAAGCAGAUUACCCGUUGCUCAAUUAAACAUCCAGCGUCGAAUGCGCCCCGAGAUAUCCAGACUUAUCAAUCGCAUAUAUCCCGAGCUUAUUGAUCACGGCAGUACUAAAGUUUAUCCUGAUGUUGUUGGAAUGCGUCAAAACGUAAGUUGUACCUGAUUUUUGGCCGGUGGCGGCAGUGUUCUUAGAAUCGCACUGUUCGGUUUUUCGUCCAUUUAUUGUUCAUUCGUCAAACCUAGUUAGCGAACUAAACAUGUCUAUAGGUUUUUUGGCUCGAUCAUGAGAGCUUUCAGGACGACGGUCUAAAUCAAGAGCAUAGGACCAUGUCUCACAGCAAUCAAUGGGAAGUCGAAAUGACCGCCGCACUUGUAAGGCAUAUUGUUCGCCAGGGAGAAUAUAGUAGUAGUGAUAUUGCUGUUUUAACCCCCUACAGUGGUCAACUACAAAAGCUACGUAACCAUAUGCGGAAGGAUUUCGAGAUCGUUCUAUCUGAUCGCGAUCAGGACACGCUCGUGAAAGACGGCUUCAUAGCUCCGGAUUCGGAUCAUGAAGAGAAGCUUGACCAAACUUCUGACAGGAAAGCCCUUCAAAAGAAGAAGUUGAGCGAUCUACUUCGGCAAGUCCUAGUCUCUAUACAUGACCUUUUUCAUGGCAAUGCUAACUUGACUUUAGAAUAGCAACCGUUGACAACUUUCAGGGUGAAGAGGCCAAAGUAGUGAUUGUCUCCCUUGUGAGAAGUAACAAGGAUAAGAAAGUCGGAUUCCUGAAAACCACUAACCGCAUCAACGUAUUGCUCAGCCGAGCUCAACAUGGACUUUACCUCAUUGGUAAUACGCAGACUUAUUCAAGCGUACAAAUGUGGGCUGAAGUCGUUGGUAUACUGCGGGAAGCAGGAUCUGUUGGCCAGUCAUUUGGACUCUGUUGUCCACGACAUCCCGAAGAUGACUUGCAAGCUUCUCAACCAGAUGAUUUCCUCAGAUUGAGCCCAGAAGGAGGAUGCUCUCGUGCCUGUAAUAGGCGUCUAUCUGAUUGUGGACAUCGAUGUUUGGCUCGUUGCCAUUCUGAGAGUAUGCAUGCUAUCUUUAAGUGCCCACAGCGCUGCGAACGCCUUCACCAGCCAUGUGGCCAUUCUUGUCAGAAGCCCACUUGCGGUGAAGACUGCGGACAAUGUCGUGUUAAAUUUGACAAUGUACAACUCCCUUGCAAGCACACAAAGGAUGGGGUCGAGUGUUAUUUGACUGGGGACCUUGCUAAAGUUUAUUGCAUGGUCAUGGUGAAAAAGAAAAUGUCUGGCUGCGAUCACAUUAUUGAAGUGCCCUGCUCUCAGGAUAUUACUUUGCCAGGGUUUCGUUGCCCAACCAUUUGUGGAGCCAUGUUAUCGUGUGCGCAUGCCUGUACCUCUACGUGCGGUAAGUGCACUCACGAGGAAGGAGGGAAACAAGUCACGAAACAUCCUUCAUGCACCAAACCAUGCAAUCGCCCCUUUAGCACCUGCAACCAUAGCUGUAAGCUACCAUGUCAUGAUGGUAAAGAAUGUGGCCUUUGCUUUGCGCCAUGUGAGGUAUGUAUUUUAUGCAAAAUUUGGUAAUAAGACCAAGCUCUAAUAUGCAAAUAGGUUCAAUGUUCUCACUCCAAAUGCACACUUAAAUGCCAUCAAGCUUGCGCGCCUUGCAUAGAAAGGUGCACCUGGUGUUGUGAGCAUCAAGAGAGGUGCAACAUGCCGUAAGUACCUUGAACCUUACUCGAGAAGCUUUGCGGCCAGUUCUCGUUAGUGAUAAUUACACAAAAAAUGCUAAUCAUAUAUUUCUUAUAGAUGUGCCGGACCUUGCGAUAAAUUGCCUUGUAAUAAGCGUUGCUCUUCAAAGCUUUCUUGUGGUCAUCAAUGCCCAGGACUUUGUGGCGAGCCAUGCCCACAAGACUACUGUCAGAUAUGCUCAAGGAAACAAGAUGCUCGAGUUGAUUUACUAGAAAUGAAACUUUAUGGCGACAUUGACCUUGACGAAACACCAAUUGUUGCACUCGGAUGCAAGCACUUUUUCACAGCUGAGACUCUCGAUGGGAUGGUUGGGAUGUCAGAAGUAUACAAGCAAGAUAUACUUGGAAACUACACAGCAAUCAAAGACGCAACUGCCACUCUAGCAUCUUCUAUCCCUCGAUGUCCGGAUUGCAAAUGUCCUCUUCGUCAAUUCGCAACACCACGGUACAACCGAGUUAUUAACAGAGCUGUGAUUGACGAAAUGUCCAAACGAUUCCUCGUCAGUGGCCAAGUAGAACUUCGAGAGUUGGAGUCCGAGAUCAAUAAAUUGGAGCAAGAACUUGAUGAUACUAGACAGUCUCUUCUGAUCAUGAACGAUGUGAACGGAAUAACUUCUAGAACGCAGAGCAAUGCUGAAAGACAGCUCAAAGAGCGACAAGAAAAAUCCAGAAAGCUUGGGAAAAGAGUGGAUGCAUUCUGUAAGAAAGUAAUGGAGAAGCACCAACCCGCGACGAAACUUCAUGAUGCAACUGUCAAUGCCAUACGACAACGAUCAAUUGAAGAUGCCAUAAACAGCUUGUCUCUUUCAAAUACUCGUAGCUCACCUCGGGAUCGUCGUAUAACACGCGGGGCACAUGGUGUUCAAUUAAAGCUGCAGUAAGUGUUCACAAUUUCAAGGUUCCAUACGUAUUUAGAUAUAUUAGAUCAUGAAAAGACUACAGCUAACACAAUCCUCAGGUAUAUCGUGCUUACCGACAAAUUCCCCUUGUCUCAAAAACUGAAGGCCAACCAAAAAAUAACAAUCAAAUUACCUGGCGGCUCCCCAGACCAACCCUCCAUAUCAUUUUUCCGUUCCUGUCUUUCUUACAUUUCAUCUUGUCAAGAAGACAAUCUUCCAAAACUUGCUGUUGAGGGUAUCCUCUAUUAUGCGAAGAUCGCUCGACUUUAUGAUUCGUAUACACGUUCUGUUUCUCCCUCCCAAACAACCAAGACAGCUCCCGAGAUACAGAAAGCUAAAGAGUUAUUGGAGGAAGCAAGAAACUUAUGUUCGCAAGGAUUCCAGAAUGCAGGCUCGCUACUGACUGCUGUCGAAGAAUCAAUCAAGUUUUUACGUCGAGAAUGGUAUGAGGAAGUGACGAAAGAGGAAUUGGAUGCUAUUAAAAAGGCUAUGGUUUCAGGUAGCGGUGGGAUCGCUAGUCAUAGUGGUCAUUGGUAUGAAUGUGAGAGUGGACAUCCGGUAAGCCGACCCUGUUCGAAGGAAGUUGAGAAUAAGAGAGACUGAUAUUAUUGUAGUUUGCAAUUGGUGAGUGUGGAAUGCCCAUGCAACUGGCUAGAUGUCCGGAGUGUGGAGCGAGAAUUGGUGGUCAAAGUCAUAGUUUUACCCAAGGCGUCGUGAGGUCCGAGAGGAUGGAGAGAUGAGAGGUUAGAUUGGAUUGGAUUAUGAUAAUUUGGAUAAGGUUUGGUUGUGUUUAGUGUGUUCCUUUCGGUGAUAUCAGGUUUUUUGAGAAUUUGAAGAUUAUGAGAGCAGGAUAAUGAGAGUUGAGAUGAGGAGUUAGAAAGAAUCAGGAAUCGCGACUGAGGAUGAAAGGUUUUAUGUAUAUGUUUCUACUAGUUAGUAAUGUCUUAAUGUACUAGGAUCUAAAAUGAACCUAAUCACGAAUGAGUGUUCUGUAGGCUCUUGGAGUAAUCUACGAAGUGUUGAAUGUAUAUCAGUAGUUCAAUGAUAACUCUUCCCCCUUCUCAUCAGACAGCAAAAAGAAAAAGAAACA